GCGAAUCGCUUGAAUUGUAAAAUAAAAAUAUCACUUACAAACGAUCACGAAGUUGGAUCAGAUAGAAUUCUAUUCAUUUCAAUGUUAACUCGCUCGAAUGUCGAUAAAAAUGCGAUAUAAAAAAUAAACUCCCGUCGAUUGUUUUUUUUUAGUGACGGUACUUAAGUGACAGUUGAGUGAUAUCCAAAACUAUACGUGUUGUGUUAUGGAUAUAUAAAGGAGGCAAAGCCUCCAAAUUGUUCAUAAUAUGGCACAAAGUACAUCAAGUGGGACUUCAUCAAGACGUCAUGUACGAGAUCAUGAUGCCGCUUCAAUUACAUCGAGUCGUUAUGCGGAUACCGAAUGGGAAGCUAAAGAGGCAUUACGGCAACGAGAAUUGGAAGAAGCUCGUGCACGCGCCGCCCAAAUGGAAAAAACCAUGCGUUGGUGGUCCGAUUGUACAGCUAAUUGGCGUGAAAAAUGGAGUAAAGUGCGCAAUGAACGGAAUCAGGCACGCGAAGAAUCCAAACAAUAUCGUACCAAGUUAGAUACAGCCUUAAAGGAUUUAAACGCUUAUAAACGUGAAAAACAAGAACUCGAACUGCAAAAUGAUCAACUGAAAAAGGAAAUGGAAAAAAUACAUUUAUUAUUGUUAAAACAUGCGGGACAAUUUGAUAGUCAAAUUUUAGAGGCGCUAGAAAAUGAAGAUUUAGAUAGAGAAUUUUUAUUUAAUACAUCACAGAAUCCUUUAGAUUCAACGGAUCCAACGAAUAACGAUUUAGAAGGCUCUUCAACAAUGGCUCAAGAAUAUGUUUUACAAGGUGCCGUACCACGUGACGUUCAUAAAUCAUCGAAUGAUAAAAAGGAUUUAGAGGAAAGUACUGAAAGUACUGUAGAUGAUAUGGAUCGAAUUUUAUCGCAAACGAAUAAAGAAGAUUACGAUGUGGACUUUUUGUUACAAAAAUUAUCGAUGUUACAGUUAAGGCUUGAUGAAGCCAGUAAAACGAUUCAAGCUGAAAGAGAGGAAAAAUCGUCAUUACAUCGAAAUUUAGAACGACUACAAGUCGAGCUACAAGAAGCUCGUGAUAAAUGUGAAGACCUUCGUUCAGCGCGACAGGAAGCUGUACGAGAACUGUUAGCAUUACAAGAUCAACAUAGAGAUGAACUGCGAUUAGUUCAAGCGGAUUUACAAGAUGAGGCCAGUUCUAGAGAGGGUAUGGAUCGACGAUUAGCUGACCUUAGAGCGGAGUUAGAAAGAUUACAAGCUGAAAAUGCGGCUGAAUGGGGUAAACGAGAACGCUUAGAAACAGAAAAAUUAGCAUUGGAAAGAGAUAAUAAGAAAUUACGUGCUGAGUUACGUGAUAUGCAAGAUCGAAUGGAGCGUAAAGGUCGACCACUUACAACCUCUGACACCGAAUUACGUCAAUUACAACAAGAUUUAACUGAUAAAAAUAAGGAAUUAUCCGAUUUGAAGCAUAAUCAAAAUAAAUUGAAAAAAAUAUUACAAGAUAAAAUAACGGAAUUAGCGCAUACAACACGACGAGCAGAACAAUAUGAAGCGGAAGUGAAACGGUUACGAUUACGUGUGGAAGAAUUAAAACGUGAUUUAGCUGUUGCAGAAGAUGAAUUGGAUUCAUCACAAAAUAAUAUUCGUAAAUUACAACGGACAAACGAUGAAUUGCAAGAGCAAGUGGAAAGUUUUCAAGUACAGUUAGAGCAUUUACAUACAAGGCUGCGUAAUUGUGGUGCGACAAGUUUAUUAUCAUCACAUCGAGGUCAAACGAUUCGCUCAGAAGAUGGUACUGAUGAAGAGGUCAAUAGUUAUUAAAAUUAAGAAUCAUUUAGGUUUAGAGUUUCUGCAUUUUAAAAUCGAUUUUACGCGAUAAAAUAACUCCCGGACUUGGUAUUUAUGGUUUGAAGUGAUCCUACCGUAGCAGCCAUUUGCGCAAGCACAGGCAUAUCAAUUCAACGCCAUUCAAACCAUAAAGAACAACGGCCGAAUACAUAUCAAUAAGGUCUAAAUAUAAAAGAGCUUCAGAAUAAAAGGCCUAAGUUAAUAAUUUUAACAAUAAUAAAUAAUUCUUUGCGUGGACCUAACGAUAUCGUAUUUGCUUCGUCAAUUAACAAGUUAACCAAAAUGACUGACUGACUAUAUAAGAUCUGUACUUAAAUCCUAAAAGGUUCCUUGUCUUUUUUUUUUAUAUAUUAUGUUGUUUUCUUAGAUCUUUGAGUUGACAACACUCUUUUGUUUAAUAACCGAUUUGACGCUUAAUAUAAAUAAUUGUAAAUAAGGAUAAUGUCAGUCAUUGUCCAGAGGAUCAGGACAUUAUAUUGUUCUGCACCUGGCCAUUGGCAAUAUUGUUAACUAACAGCUAACGAUAUAAAUAUUAUCGAAAUUAUUACAACGUAUUAAAAAGGUUGCCUAAUUGCCCCAAAAGCCCUUGAGCAGAAACUGAAAACCUUAUAAAAAAAGUAAAAAAGAACAACGUACUUUCAGUUCCUUAUUUUCUAAGAAAAUUUAUUUAUUUUUUUUACACUUUUAUUAAA